CCCCCGUCCUAUCCCACACCAACACCAACACUGACUGACCACUGCUGCUGAUUACAACAAGUCUGUUGUACACCAUGGCCGCGGACCUGGACCUGGGCCCUGGCCUGGACCUGGGCCCUGGCCUGGACCUCGGUGCGAUCAGGGAGGCAUACGAGCGCGAUGGCUACGUCAUCGUCGACGGCGUCAUUGCGCCCCAGGACCUUGGCCGGCUGCGCGCGGCGGCCGACUCGGUCACGCGCCUCACGCGGGCAGGGCACUGGCCGCACCGGCGCAUCGUCGGCAAGCAGUUCCCGCCGUUUGACACGGCCGCGAGCGCCGACUCGUGGGGUGUCCAGCACCUGCUCCACCCGGACCUGGCGCACCAUGCCGACUUUGUCGCGUUUUAUGCCUCGUCGCCCCUCGUCGAUGUGUGCGCGGCGCUGCUGGGCGUCGACGAGGCGCGCAUGCAGCUCGAGCUCUUCAACCUCCUCAUCGAGCCGGCGGCCCAUGCGUUUGCGCUGGGAUGGCACCGCGACGACAUCCGUGCCGACGUGCCGGCCGACGAGGAGCAGCAGCGCCUCGCGGCGCCCCUCUACGGCGUGCAGUGGAACGCCGCCCUGUGGGACGACGACUGCCUCUUCAUCGUGCCCGGCACGCACCGGCGGCUGCGGACCGAGGAGGAGAAGCGCGCAAACGAGCGCAAGCCCCCGGACGCCGUCCCCGUCGACACGGCCGCGCCGCCGUCGGAGGAGCGCGGGCCGAUCGAUGGCGCAUGGGACGUCGACCCGCCCAGCACGAAGCGCGUCUAUCUGAAGGCGGGACAGACGGCAUUCUACUCGCAGCGAAUCCUCCAUCGGGCCUCGUACGUGGCGUCCAAGAAGCGCGCCACGCUGCACGGCUGCUACGGCGGCAUCCCCGAGCCCACGCCCACGGCGUCGGACGCAGAGCAAGAGGCGCAGCAGACCGCCGUCAGCGAGCGCGCACGCAUGGUGCUCCAGCACGGCGUCGAGUGGAUGAGGCAGGCGCAGUUCGGCCACGACCUGCCCGACCGGCUGCAGCCCAUGUGGCGCAACCUGCUCGAGAUGGACAAGGCACACUCGACAAAGGAGCUCGGCUACAGCCUCGACGGCUGAUCUCCCUUACAUUUGAUGUCAUUUGUGAUUUUGGCCAUUGGUGACAUCCCAUUGGUGAAUUUGGCCAUUGAUGAAUCUGGCCACUGAUGAUCUGGUCCACUAGUAACUGUGAUCAUUGAUGACUUUGGCCAUCGAUGAUCUUGGCCAUUGGCAACUCUGGCCUGCCGUGGGCCCCACGCCGGCAAUUUUUAGAGCUUGA